AUGCGUGGAGAAGGCUCGUACAUUCUUCUCAAAGCCUUCCAGCAGCUAUGUGCACCUCCUGGUAUGAGGGUGACCAGUGGCUGGCAGCCGUCUCUGAACAUUAGAGACUUUGAGCAUGGUGGGACAACAAUGUCUGGCCUGGUGAGCGACGUAGACAUUCGUGCUGGAAAGGAAAUUCUUGGAUUUCCCACGCACACCCGAGUCACCGACGAACAGCUGAAGGAAGAUCGAUUUCUUGGCUGUGACACCGACGUUGAAUCCUUAAAGACCAGCUGUGGCUAUGCAAAGCAUGCGAUGUGGGUAGCCGAGAAAAAGCUGGAGGUGUUGGGCACUGAUGCCGAGAAUGCGAAAGGUUGGCUACCAAGUUGGAUUCGGCAUCGACUGGUGGAAACUGGUGACGCAGAGAAGGACUACUGGUCAGCCUGGAUUCAUAGCCUUCCAAAGUAUGAGGACUAUGAAGGUCUUGGCCUUCCGCUCACUGCGUCCCCCACAGAGCUGGGGAAGCUGCGAGGACUUCCCAAGUUUGGAGAUGUGCCUGCAUGGACGCAAGAUCUCCAGGAUUCGCUGAGGAAAGAGCUUGACUUCUACAAUGCACACCGUGGUGCUCGACCGGAGAUUAGCUGGAAGGACGCCCUGUGGGGACUCAUGGCAUCCUUCACAAGGUCCUUCGACUGUGGUGGCCAGGGGCACAUUACAAUGGCACCUGUUGGCGAUAUGGUCAAUCAUGCUUCGGCCCCGAAUGUUGUCUAUUAUUGCGAACGCGAUAUGCUCAAGUUCACCACACGCCGGCCAAUCAAGGCCGGCGAUGAACUGCUGGUAGCCUAUCACCCACCCAAGGGUGGCAGUGUUACUUUGCUCUCGCAGUAUGGCAUUCUGGACAAAGAAUCCGACAGGGGCAGCUGGUCACAAGAAGAUUGCCAACUGCUGCGCGAUGCACAUCUUGAACAGUCUUCAAACCUUUACAUGAAGAAUGCCGCGAAGCUGAUCGACAUCAACUGCCCUGCGAGGCCCUUCAAAGUGUCAAAAGCUCUGAGGACAAGUCAACUCUGUUUGAUUUCAUCAGAUGUUUGUUUUUUUUCCUUUUUUUCCAUUUUCUUCCGGUGUUUCUUUGCAUUGUGA